AUGGCAUGGAAAGUGUUCGCUGUGGUGGACCCGUUGCCAGCGAACACCACGUCCACUUGCCAGCCCCUCGACGUAAACGUGAUGGGCCCGCUGAAGUCGGCCCUGCGCAGUACAUGGGCUUACCGCAAAAACCCCAAAACGGCAAAAGAAAAGUGCCUUGAUAUUAUCGAGCGCACUAUCAUAGCCUGGAAGCCUUGA